AUGUCUGUAACGCUCCACACAACACUUGGUGACAUCAAAGUCGAGCUCUACUGUGAUAGGUGCCCGAAGACUUGUGAGAACUUCUUGGCUCUCUGCGCUUCCGGCUACUACGACAACAACGUGUUCACGCGCAACGUCAGCGAGUUUAUGGUACAGACUGGUGACCCGACAAAUACAGGAAAAGGCGGACAAAGCAUUUGGGGUGGCCCGUUCGACGACGAGCUACACCGGGAUUUGAAGCACGACGCUCGCGGCGUCCUGUCUAUGGCCAAUAACGGGCCGAACAAGAAUCGAUCGCAGUUUUUCAUCACCUACGCCGAGCAGCAGCAUCUCGACUUGAAGUACACGAUUUUUGGAAAGGUAAUCGACGGUUUCGACACUUUGGAAGAGCUCGAAGUGCAGCGCGUCGAUGCCAAAUACAGGCCCCUUGUGGAGCAGCGCAUCCGCGAUGUUACGAUUCACGCCAACCCUAUUGCGGAGAAGCUACUCCAUGAC